GACUGCAGAAGCAGCCGUUGAUUCCUGUGGAGAGGUGGUGGCAGGUAUCAUGAUCCCAGAGGACAUUCGGAGACUCCUAGAAGAUGCUGAAGGCUACCUGUCAGAUGGGCUGCAGAAUGAAAACCUCAGUGCUAAAGCAAGGGAACGGAGGGACGCAAUUCUCUUUGGCUUCCAGCAAGUCAAAGCCAGGUACCACUUGGAAUUCCUGCUCAGAGGAGAGGAUCAACAUGAUGCUAUCUUUGGACAGGACAGUUCUGAUGAAAAUCAGAGUUGGAGUUUGGCUCCUUCCAUGGCAUCUGAUGCUUCACUUCCAUCGGACCUCCAGGAUGACGGGUUGGAGGAGAUAGCACCGAAGCCCGUUCAAGACACCGGGAACAUUUUGAAGCAAGGAUAUCUGGAGAAGAGGUCUCGAGAGCACAGCUUCUUCGGGUCAGAGUGGCAGAAGCGGUGGUGCGUCCUCACCAGAAGGACCUUUUAUUACUACGCCAACGAGAAAAGCAAGCAACCUAAAGGAACCUUCCUCACCGAGAACUAUAGCGCCCGGCUGGCUUUCCAUCUCCGCAAAGACUCUCGGAAAAGAUGCUGUUUUGAGUUAAUCUGCCCUGGCAAACGCACCUAUGAGUUCACAGCCCCAAGCCCAGCAGAGGCUGAAGACUGGGUGGAUCAGAUCCAGUUCCUCCUGAAGGACCUGAGCUCCCUCACUAUCCCAUGCGAUGAGGAGGACGAAGAGCUCUACAAUGACGUGGACAGUUCUGACUCUGUGAACACAGCAUCCUAUAAUACGACGCUGAAUCAGGAUGAGACAAACAUGGAGAUGAAAGAGGAGGACAUCUACGAGGUUCUGCCAGAGGAGGAGCUGGAGCCCCCCUUCCCAGAGGAGCCCGAGGAUGCUGGAAGGAGGCAGAGGAGAGGAGGUUCCCAACAUGAUUAUGCUAAUUACUACCAAGGCAUGUGGGACUGCAGCAGCGAGCAUCCCGACGAGCUCUCCUUCCGCCGCGGAGACCUCAUCUACAUCCUAAGCAAGGAGUACAACGUGUACGGCUGGUGGGUCGGAGAGCUCAACGACGUGGUGGGAAUCGUCCCGAAGGAUUACCUGGCACCCGCCUACGACCUGGAGGGGCGAUGAGGGGCGCAGCCCCCAGGUGCUUCUCUCCCUGUCCACGCUGAGAAACCGGCUACGCUGUCCCCCCCCAACCCCAGCUCCCACGGGAACACGGUGCAUGAGGAAACCCACAUCCCAUCACCCUGCUGAGCCCCUGAGCCCGGCGCUGCCCCGUGGUACCCGCAGCGAUGCCAUGGGCACGGGGUGGGGCUGGCAGCCCACAAUAAAGCCGUUUUCCUCUCCACAUUUGG